AUGGAGUACGUAGUAAACUUAAGAGAAUCACACCGAUCGCUUCAAAACAGUAAGGACAACCCGCAAGUCAAGUUGAAUGACGUUGUUCUAAUUCAUGAAGAGAAAGUACCGAAGUCGCUUUGGAAAAUCGGUAAAGUUAUCAAUCUUUAUAAAGGACGUGAUGGACAAAUUCGAGGAGCUUUAGUUAAAACCCAGACCUCAGAGUUGAAGAGACCUGUGAACAAAUUAUAUUCUGUCGAUUGUUUACGUGAACACGAAAACAAAGUCGAUGUUGAGGUACGACCUCAAAGAAAUGCGAAAGUCAUAGGAAAGUCAUAA